CGCGGCCGCACCGCCGACCGGACCCACGCCGCGCGCGCUCCUCGCCGCAGCACAACAGACCAUAGGCGACUGUCGUUUGUCGUUUACUUCACCUGUUCUGUUCACAACAGAUUCAGAAGUUUGAGGAAAAUUGCGACGCAGUACGUCGAAAUUGGCCUGCACUGAUUCUACUUCAGUAUCAGAGGCAGCAGUGAGCGCUGACGGCGGAGCGCCGUCCAUGGGCUGAGCCUCCCGGCGCACAGCCCCACUCUCUUCGUACCGGAGGCGGCGAGUCCGAGCACUUGUCGCGGGUCAUGACGAUGGCGGAGGCGGCGGCGGAGGCAGCGCCGGCCCCGGCGCCCGACCACCGCAAGCAGCGCAAGCGCAAGCGGCUCAGCGCCGUCGUCGACCAGCUGGCCCUGCACAACAACAACAACAACAAUAACAACAACAACAACGUGCCGCCCAGCGGCGCCAACAGCCCCGACUGCGAGGAUGAGGACGUCUUCAGCGACAGCACGACGCCUCCGCCGGUGACCGCGCUGUCGCAGGCGCCGGCGCCGCAGGCCGGUGUGACGGCGGGGGCGGCUGCGGCGGCGGUGGCGGGGGCGGCCGUGGGCGGCGAGUCCGCGGGCAGCUCGGGCCCGGAGCCGGGCACGCCGCUGUCGUGCGGCUGCGCCAGCUGCUUCAGCUUCGAGUACUACCUGCACUCCCAGUACCUGCACGCCGCCUCGCCCGACGCUUUCCGCCGCCGCUCGCACUCCGACUCCGACCUGCCGCUAUGGCUCGACACGCGGGAAAUGGCGGCACGGCGGCCAGCAGCGCUGUCGGCGCCGAGCAAGGGCGGCUCCCUGGAGUCGGAGGGCUCGGGCUCCCAAGACUCGCCGCUCGACCUGUCGAUGAAGGCGGCGUCGGCGUCGGCGUCGACAUCCGCGUCGGCGUGGUCGUGCCACACGAGCAGCAGCACGGGCUCGUCGGAGCCCGGCACGCCCGCCGCCGUCGUGACGGCCGGCGGCGUCGCGGUGCCCGUGGUGCGCGGGGACGUGGCGUCGCCCACCACCAUGGCGAGCGUCGCGGUGCGCUACAACCUGGAGGUGUCGCCCGUCGUCGAGGAGAUGCCGCCGGGCGCCGACGUCGCCUACGUGUGCCCCGUCUGCGGCCAGAUGUUCAGCCUGCACGACCGCCUCGCCAAGCACAUGGCCAGCCGGCACCGCAACUCGGCGUCGGGCGGCGGCGGGGGCGGCGCGGGCGGCUCGUGCUCCGGGUCCGGCGGCGGCGGCGGCAGCGGCGCACCCGAGCGCGCCUACCUGUGCGAGGUGUGCCGGCGCUCGUUCGCGCGCUCCGACAUGCUGACGCGGCACAUGCGGCUGCACACGGGCAUCAAGCCGUACACUUGCCGCGUCUGCGGGCAGGUGUUCUCGCGCUCGGACCACCUGAGCACGCACCAGCGCACGCACACGGGCGAGAAGCCGUACAAGUGCCCGCAGUGCCCGUACGCGGCGUGCCGGCGCGACAUGAUCACGCGCCACAUGCGCACGCACGCGCGAGGCGGCGCCGGCGCCGCCCCCGGCCUCGGACUCAACCUGGUGCAGCCCAAGCAGGAGCUCGAGGAACCGGCCAGCCCCUCGCAGGCGCUCUCCGCGCUCUCCAUGGAACCCGGCCUGCAGUAGCGCCGGCACCGGCACCGCGCUCACCCUCCUCCCGUGUCUCCGAGAGCCGCUCGCGACGGACGGACUGUGCGCCGAUUUACCGGCUAGUGGUCACCGAGCAUCAUCUGGACGACUGCAACUUCGAGACGGCGCACUGCCAGGUUCAGGUGCUCGUCUCCGGGCGUUGCUGUGAAAAGUCAUCCUCCGAUUAACUGUAUGCUGUGGGGACUACUCUUCUGUUUCUCCCAAGCUUCUAAUAGGUAUCAAAAUGUCAUUACUUGUACACCAAUCUGCAUCGCACCUAGAGUCAGUUUCAGAGAGCCUCCAGGAAAACAUCUGUCCAUCACGACGUCCACCUGUCGACACAGUGGCAUACUGCACACUGUAGCAUACUCCUGUGGCCCGGCGGGUGUCAACACGAACACGUCAGGGGCCUCUGCCAGACUUUCUACACCGUGGAGCCCAAGUGAACACUCUUUGGUGUGGAAUAUGAAACCGGGAUUAACACUGAAAUUCUACUGAAAAUUCUAUUCCCCGAACAGAUUCCAUUCUCCCCUUCGGUUCGCCAAACAAUGGCACCAUAGUACUCGUACGUCCAUCAGCUCGACUGCUUGCAGGCAGUCUUAUCUGUGGCAGCCGGUAAUUGGAACUGGAUCAACUUCGGAGCUGCCAGAAAAUCACAUCUGUCGCCGACGACUUCCACCUGUAAACACAGUGCUGGCACUGUGCGCACUUUUUCUGCGGCCACAUGGAUAGCAACAUGAAAGCAGUUAGAAGCUGCGACACUUCCUACACCGCAAAGCCCAAGUGUACACUCGUGGGAAGGCAGUACGAGCCAAGUAGAGGCGAUAUCGAUAUCAAAAGCUGGGAGCCACAGCGAUGAUCAACACGAGCGCAGGGCUCCGCUUCCCUAUAAAGUGCUGACAAACAAGUGUUGCAGAGUGGCUGACGCGAUGGAGGUGCAAGGACAAUGUAUACAUCACAUGAAAUACUGUGAGGUGACUCUCGAGAGUCGGUAAGUACGGGAAGAGCAUGUGGCCUCGGAUGCUGCGGAGCGGCGGAGUGGGUGGUAGUAUCGGCGUGUUUUGACGUCACUGUGGGGCGAGGCGACCAGCGUAGCGUGUCGUGGCUGCCGUGCCGUGCUCGGCCUCGGCCAAUAUCGAUCUGGCGGCGGGCUGACGCUCGCACGCGUGUCGCCGCCGCCGCCGCCGCCGCCGCCACAGCGGGCCAUUAUAAUUAGAACGGCGGAACAGACGACAAUUCUUUACCUGAGCGGGGCUCGAACGGGCACGCGGCCAGCAGGUGGGGCCGCGAUCGCCAGCGCUAUUAAAAACUGGCUGCGCCCGACCGGCGGCUGCCCACGCCUCGCCGCCCCCCCUCCCCUCCCCCUCCCCUCCUCCGCCACGCUUCCCGGCCGCUGCAAGUACGUGUCUGGACACCCGCACCUGUUAUUGUUACAAACUACUGCACUUCCUCCGUACUGCCGGCGGCGGAAAUAAUCGAGGGACGGGAGCUUUUUGUAAAUGCUUUGCUGGUCUCUAAGAGGCCCGUCUACUUGUAAAAAUUGUUGUUGUUGUUGUUGUUGUUCUUGUUAUUCUUAUUGUCUGACAGGUGAGACCUCGAGCUGCCCUCGUACGAUGGCGUUCUUGCGCCUCAUUACACUUUUCAUCUCGUUUAUUGAGGGGAUAUUUGGAAAUUAAAAUACUCACAACUCGAGUUCUCACAUUUCGUCCUUUGGCGUCUCCAGCGGACACUUGCCAAUCCUUUUGCCCAACAAAAUGAUUGUCCCCAUUGUAUGUAGUCCAAUAAGUACUGUGACCCUUCUGUGUUCGUACCUACUGCCCUGUUUACCUCUCGCAUUGUCGAAGAAUCUGUGUGUGUCACGCGAAGCAAGUGCCAUACUGACUCGUUAACAAGUGUUGUAAAUAAAGUUUCGUGUUGCGCUGGAUUCAGCUCAGUCUUUUCCAGGACAAAACUUGUAAAGUCGAACAUUCGCAGCCUAGAAGAGAAAUACAUUUGAUUUUUUGAAACGAACUGAUAUGCGUCUGAUUUGGAGCGGGAGAAAUAUCGUCUCUUAUGGGGACAAGAGGCCAUUACUCACUCGACUGCAAUGUCCAAAGAAAGUAGGACUGCAGACUUUACAAGUAGAUACUCCCUUUGCUGAGGCGGUUGAGUGGGAUAGACUGAGUUGAGAAUGCGAGAGAUAUGGGCAUUAAGAGUGCCAGUCGAUAUGAAAAGUGCCAAGCUUAUUCAGAUGUAGAUGGUAAAACCAUGCAUACAGCCAGCAUAUGAAAAGAAAGCAGAAAGUGCGAAACUUGCUAGUAAUAACGGUCAUGUGAAAAUGCUGGGUGCUGCAAAAUGUCUCUGAAGUGGAAGGCAGAAAUAUUACAGAAAUUUAUAAUAUUACAGAAAAAAAACCAUUAUGGAAAGGCGAGAGCCAUGAUUUAGCAAAGUUGGGUGCUAAUACGUUGUCUGGUACGGCUGACGGCUGUCUAACCUAGCUUGUAAUGUUGGUGCGUAUUGUGAAGAUGCCAGUGUACAAUUAAAUGAGAGAAGAAAGACUGACGUGCUUUGUUUUCCAAAUGGUCCCAUCAGCCUAGUUGACACAUCUCCAGAGUUUCGCAUUUCCUUUUGAGAGCUGACCGCGUACUUAAUUUUCACAGAUUUUUGAUAUUCAUCGAGUUCGUUACUGGCCAUUGCACCAGUACACAUUCUGUUGAAUUUUCAUGUGAAUUGUUUCUUGGAAUGAUUUAUAGCUUCGUUUGUCGAGUACCCAUGCGUAGUAGUGCUUGUUUUUCAUUUAAAAAGGAAGAAAUCUGUUACUCGUCAUUUUCAUGUUUCGUCGCUGUUCGGCAAUAAACUUUAAUUUUAAAUCGACUUUUGAAGACAAUUAUUGUCUUUUUUGCCCCUUGUUUUUCGCGCUGAAGUAGCGCGUUUUAAUUUAUUAAUAUUCUUUUGUUGACUUCUUUGUGUUUCCUAUCGUAAUCGAAGUUGGGUUUGAAGCGAGGAGUUGCAAUUGCUAGUUUUGUUUUUAUGCAGUACAAAUGUUUGUGUUUUGUGAUAGUCUUUUUCAACAUUUCCUUUUCUGUGGUCUUUGGCGUUUUAGUGAUACUCAGGGAUGCAAGGUUGUCGUGUAAUUUUGCCCUUCGGUGCUUCAGUUGUCCACGAAUGAGUUUGCUGUUCCUUUUUGCUGCAGAUGACGAAGUUCCUCUGUCACUUUUCUAGUAUUCGUGAUUGGAAAAAUAUUUUUUAGGGUACCUAAGUAUCAGAAACCAAACGUAGAGUGGUAUGUCCUUAUAUAAUGUUUCGUACUAAAACUAAAAGAAUUAAACGGAAUCGCAUUUUCACCUCCUCUUCAUAUAAUCGAAGCGAGUUUCUGCAUACUUCAGCGAAGAUUGUCAUCCUUUGCUGGUAAUGUCAGAGGCUUUAGCUAUGUGAGAUAACUGCGUACUUGGCGUUUUGCUCUCGAGUAUUAGAUCACAGCUUUCUGUCGUAUAUUGUGCGAUCAGUGGUACUGUCUGCAAUGUAAUCUUUCGCUUUCUACGAUUGCAGUCUACGUUUAAAAUGCUCCCGAAGCGUAAAUGAAGGGAAUAUCAUACUGAAGAACUUUUAUGGGGACUCAGCUGACGAUUCCCUUUCAGACACAGGUGUCUGUCCCUCUCCUCCUACCGCAAUUCCCUUUCACUGCCCAGUGCUUCGAAUAAAAAUUGUAACGUAGCUAAUCUUGAGCGCACACAUAGACAGUUCUACGAUAGUGAAAGUAAACCCUUUCAAUUUCACGUAAAACGAUUCACUAAUUUAAGGAGGUUCGAAAGGAUUUCUUCAUUGAAGCCUCUAAAGCGAUGAAUUACUGGUUUUGCAGUAGCGCAGGUAAAGAAUAUGCUUGAGAAGGAACGAAAUUUUCUAAAUAUAAAACAGAAAGGUAGUGGUCAGUUAACAACCCUCGAGAGCAUACUUCAGGUCUUUCAAAGAUUCUCUUUUACACCCGCUUUGAGCCAUUAUAAACGGCGGCCCACUCCACACUCGGUCAGCUCUGCUCGAUCCAGUCUUUUGCACCGUACCUCGGUACGCAGUAGAACGACGUUGGCGUAGGCAGUCUCAGGGUAGCACCGCCGGUGGGUCGCCUUCUGCCAGGUGUGGCCCGCCACCCCGACGCGGAGCCUCGCCGGCUCAGAGCUCAGCCGACGAGAGCAGAGCGCGCCGCGUCCGGCGGCGCGGGGUCGCGAGGUCUGCGCGCCGUUAUUCCCAGAAGCCGCACUGGUCUGCGCUGCGCAAAAAGCGGCAGCCACCAGCCUCGAGCCUCCAGUGCCGGCGCGCUGCCGCCGGUGCUCUGUGCUCUACCUGUCCCGGGUUCUCCUCUCCUGUACUGCAGCCCAGGCCCUCUGGUCUGGCUAACGCCUCCAACAGACGUGUGCCAGUGUCACGUCUUCGUUCUAAAGUGCUUCGUCUCACUCAGCUCCAGUGGCAUCAUACGACACACUCCCGCUCUAACACUUUCAUGUCCCCAAAUCUUACAUAUACCGAGAAAAAAAGAGAGUUAUGACAUAGUCCGUGCCUGUUGUAUAAAGAAGCCAAGGGCCUUGUUGACCUUGGUCAGUAACUUACACGCCGUUUGUGUUACUUCGCUGACAUGUGUGGCGGUCUCUCUGUUCGAACACCAACUCCAAUGCGUCAUCGACGUAUUGCAGUGUAUCGUCUCAGUUUCUGGCCUACUUUACCUCCAUUCCAAUGGUGUCAUCUAGUUACAGUGCAGGAACUCCUCUCCUGUGGUGCAGCGCAGGCCCUCCUUUUUGGCAAAAGCCUCGACCAGGCUUAUGGCAGCAUCACUACUUCAAACACCACUCCAUGUUAACGUGCAUCGUUCCACUCAACUUUUCUUCUCUGAAUCUCACUACUUUACCGCCACUCCAGUGGCAUCAUCAAGUUUCAGCGCACUGCUUCCCUAAAUUUCUCCCGUCUCAGAACCUCACACUAAAGUCUACGUAUACAACGAAAAAAUGCAUGUGCUGUAACAUAGCCCAGACGUGGCUAAUGCACGUGGGUACAAAGAGGCCACAAGCUUCAUAGACCUUGAUCACUACAUUACAUGUCGAGUAUAUUACCUUCACUCAGUUGGUAGUCGUUAACAGCGUUGCCCACACCUUGUGGGCUUCCAUAGCAACAGCAGAAUCUCUAGAGACAAAACCUGAAACUAUGAUAGACGAGGGUAAUACAGUUACUUGGCGCCGAGAAGCCGUACCGCGUUUAUGAAGAUGUAACGGUGAAAUUAAACAAGGACGUCGUUUUGUGAUCAGUCUUCUUGUAACGCGAUCAUUCCAGUUUCCUGGGCUCCAGAUUUUUUGAGUUUGGAGCCAAGUUAAUGUUAUUUCUGUAGUUUCCAAGCGCAAAUAUCGACUGCUCGCUAUGUACACUAUAAAAAUGAUGUAUUUUUAUUGUUGCUUUCAUUCUGGCUAAUGAGUGUUGGUUGUCGUUGGGUGUAGCUCGAUGAGCCAAAUUUAUCCUGGCAUUAAAAAAAUACUAAACUGUGUUUGGUGAGUGUUUUUCAGUUGACGUCUUCUCUUUCUGUGGGAGUAAUUGUCACACCCAUAACACCUGCCUCAGUUCAGAAGCAAGCCUCUCCCAACCCUGAGCAGGGUCAGUCCUCCACUGUUAAUACGUGAACCCUUCAUCUCAUUUCUCUUUUCAGUUUCUUUUGCGGGUCAGUUUAGUGCUCUGCCAUUUUUGUCUACCGUUGGCUUGUAAUAGAUCUCUAUCUCGAUUGGGGUGACUUCCUCACUGUGUUGUUACUGUAAGUAUUUAAUGGUGAACUGCCCACUGCAAAAGCAGUUCAUUGCCUUUUCUGACAACAGUUACUCGCUGGCAACGAUGAUGGUGUUCGGUAUAUGGAACUGAUAGGAAUCCCUGAAGAAGGCAUCUGGGGAAGCUCUCAAAAUAUCGUGUGAAACUGCAUUUAUGCGGUUCAGAAUUCGGAAGUAUCAGGGUCGGCGUGACGGUCUUCAAGAUCAUAUCAAACAGUGCCCUUGUUCAGUGCCAUCAUUUUAACUUAGUACACAAAUGGCAGCUGACUUCUCAGUACCAUUUAGCUACUUUAUUCCUCGUUUUUAGUUAUUUUAAUUUGCUUCCAUGUAUAGCUUUAACAUUGUGCAUUGGAGCUCUUUACAUAACCUUUCACGACUUUUGUGAAAGAGCAAACGGGCAUACUGUUUAAUUUUUUGGAUUUUGUGUGCCUCUAAACUUCGUUCUUUACUGUUAUUCUUCCUCUUACACUCUUUAAUAUUUUCGAACGAUGAAACAUAAUUAUAACAUAUGUACUAGUUUUUCCUCAUCCAACUCUCUGAUCGCUGUAAAUCGAAAAUGUUAUAUAAAUCUAUGACACAUUCGAGAGUAAAAAUUUGCAGCUUAACACGAUUGGAGAAGACUGGAAGUGACACACAUUGGAUUACAAUGGACUCAAGGCACCUACUAUGACAGACACACAACUGGAGUUCAUUCUCUGUAUUAAAGCUAGCAGCUGGUACCAGAUGACAAAAGUAAAUGCAACAAAUCCACGACACCUUCCCAAUAAAUUGGUGAUUUCAAUCUGACUAAGCAAAAUUCCAAUCUAGCUAAUGCCAAACAACCAGACUUACAAUACAUUGUCAAAAUAUUAAAAAAUGCAUUGUAAGUAUUGUAAUAUUUCUGCCAUGCACUUAUUCUCAGCCUAUCAUAAAAUUAGAAUAUGCGACUUAUGACUGAUAGUGAUAUUUCAUAUGCGGCAGUAUGAUUGGUACAAUUCGUUGUAAAUUAUCGGUUGAAGAAAAUAAUGCACAACAGUGCAUUGCCAGUGAAAUGGUACACUUAUUUAAGUAGAAGUAAGUUAUUUUGUUACCUUUAUGACAUUUAUAUUUUGUUGUAGCGUGCCUCCCCAAGAAAGGGAUGCACACAAGUGUAUAAUACGCAAUUGUACAGUGAAGCUGUGUAUCUUUAACUUAUGCUGGUCAGUAGGCGGGUUGCCGCCCUUUAAUGUUAAUCUUUAGUUUCUCGAGAAGGCUCGACAUGAAUGCUCGAACUGCAUUUCGUCUGCGGACGUGAUCACUUUUUACGCUCAAAAA